UGACGACAAUGUCCCACUCUCCAACUACGGCAAACGAACCCCAGCAGCUCCAGCAGGCAGGAGACUUGGGGAAAUUCCAGUAGCUGGUCGCUGCAGAUUUGGGGUAUUGGAAAGGAAAAGGAGGAAGAAGGAUUGCCCAAAACGACGUUUCCCUGGUCGUGUGCUUCUGCGUUUUGGCCGACUCUAGGGUUCAAUAGCUGGGGUUUGAUUUUCAAGAUUUGAGUUUUAUCACUUGAUAGUGAGUGUUCUUAAGUUUUGAUUGGGUUUUGAGAAGUCUUUUCUUCAUUUUUGUGGAUUGGUUUGGGUUUUGAAGGAUCAGAAACGAGAAGGAUUGCUUUGGUGUGUAAAGUUGUAUAUUUGUGGUGAAUAAAGGUGUGAUGGAGAUAUCAUUGUUCAAAGCACUUCUUAAUAACAUCUCCUCUUUUUUCCAUUUAUCAUCUCAUAACAACAUAAACUUUGACCCGGUUCUGAAGUACUACAAAAGCGCCGAAGAGAUAUUAAAACUGUUGAAGACUGUACUUGAUGCCAUUGCUGAUUCUGAAAUAGCUUCGUAUGAAAUACUUGAUAAGCCAUUUGAGGAACUGGGUCAGUAUGUUGAUGAGUUGAGUGGGCAAAUUGAAGACUGGCAGCCAUUGUCUAGUAAAGUCAAUCUUGUUCUUCAAGUUGAAUCGUUGAUAUCAAAGAUUUGGGCUUCUGGCCUGGAUAUCUUUCAACUGUUGAAAACUUCCCCGCAGCAUCUUCCUGAUGAAAUGGGUUCAGCAUCUCUUGAGCAAUGCAUACAAAAACUUGAGCACAUGGGCUAUGAACAAAUGUCAACUGUCAUUAAAGAUGCUAUAAGCGAUCAAGUGGAGGAUGUUGGACCAAGCUCAGAGAUCCUAGUGAAAAUUGCAGAGGGCCUUAGCUUGAAGUCAAACCAGGAGAUUCUUAUUGAGGCUGUAGCCCUUGAAAAGUUGAAGGAAAAUGCUGAACAAUCUGAAAAGAUUGAGGAAGCGGAGUAUAUUGAGCAAAUGAUAUCCCUUGUUACCCGUAUGCACGAGCGCCUUAUUACCGUAAAGCAAGCCAGGAGCUGCAGCCCAGUUCCAAUACCUGCUGAUUUCUGUUGCCCCCUCUCUCUGGAGCUGAUGACGGAUCCAGUGAUUGUGGCAUCAGGACAAACCUAUGAGAGAACUUUCAUCAAGAACUGGAUCGGUCUUGGCCUCACUGUUUGUCCAAAGACGCGGCAGACUUUGGCUCACACCAAUUUGAUACCUAAUUACACUGUAAAGGCACUAAUUGCAAAUUGGUGUGAGUCAAACAAUGUGAAACUGCCUGAUCCGGUAAAGUCUGUUGGCUUAAAUAAGUCAGCACACCUUCUUGGGCAUGCAGAGCCUGAUACACCAAAGGAUUCUCCUAUUUUUUCUCAUUCCAGUGUCAAUCAAUCAAUGUCACCUGAGUCUACUCGGUCUACUGGUUUGCCCUCUAAGAACAUGUUUUCAUCUGGUCCACUGCAUCGGGAGAGAAUUUCUCCUUUGCAUCCUCGUUCAACAUCAGAAGGUUCCUUGCCUGGUAUAGUUGGAAAUGGGCAGGCUUUGGAUAUUGAAAGAAUAUCACUAGCAAAUUCUGAAGACAGGUCUGCCAACUUAGAAGAAAGGAGUACAGAUCUAGAUAGCCAGCACUCUAUGUCGCCAUCUCGAGAUGAACUUCCUAAUUCUAUUGAAGAUGAGCAGCCAUCUCAAAGCCAUAAUAGAACUGCGUCAGCUUCUAGCGUACUUUUUAAUGCCAAUGGUACUCUAGGAACUUCUGUCAAUGCCAAUGGGGUCUUACAGGUAUCGACGAAUCUGUCAGGCUACAGCAGUGACGCUUCUGGGGAGUUGAAAUCACAAGCACAAACUGUUGCUCCCUUGGCCCCCCAACAGAGAGAAACUGAGUCACCAACCAGAAUGGUAGAGUCAAGACCUCGAAACCAAAUGUGGCGCCGACCAUCUAGCUUCCCGAGGAUAGUUUCUUCUCCACCUAUUGAAACAAGGCCUGAUCUUUCUGAACUUGAAGCACAAGUUCGUAACCUAGUUGAUGAUUUGAAAAGCACUUCACUUGAUACACAAAGAGAGGCAACAUUUCAACUCCGGCUACUUGCCAAACAUAAUAUGGAUAAUCGGAUUGUUAUUGCAAAUUGUGGGGCCAUUGGCUUGUUGGUGGAUUUGCUCCGCUCUACAGAUACAAGAGUUCAAGAGAAUGCUGUCACAGCACUUCUUAACUUAUCGAUUAAUGAUAACAACAAAACUGCAAUUGCCACUGCCAAUGCAAUUGAACCUCUGAUUCAUGUCCUUGAGACAGGGAGUGCUGAGGCCAAGGAGAACUCAGCUGCCACUCUAUUUAGCCUUUCGGUGAUCGAGGACAACAAGGUUCGUAUUGGAAGGUCAGGGGCUAUUGGGCCUCUGGUUGAUUUAUUGGGGAAUGGGAGUCCCAGAGGGAGGAAAGAUGCAGCCACAGCUUUGUUUAAUUUGUCAAUUUUUCAUGAGAACAAGGAUCGAAUUGUUCAAGCUGGUGCUGUAAAGUACCUAGUGGAGUUGAUGGACCCUGCGGCUGGAAUGGUUGACAAGGCAGUUGCUGUUUUGGCUAAUCUUUCGACAAUUCCCGAGGGAAGGACAGCAAUUGGUCAGGAGGGUGGGAUCCCUGUUCUUGUCGAGGUUGUUGAGUUGGGUUCUGCAAGAGGGAAGGAGAACGCAGCUGCUGCUCUUUUACAGCUCUGCACAAACAGUAAUAGAUUUUGCAGUCAGGUCCUCCAAGAAGGAGCUGUCCCACCAUUAGUGGUAUUGUCACAAUCCGGCACCCCUAGGGCAAAAGAAAAGGCACAGACACUCCUUAGCUACUUCAGAAACCAUAGACAAGGUAAUGCUGGUAGAGGAUAAUCAAAAUUGUUUGCUGUCGGCCGAGGUUUUGAGUCAGCUUCUAUAGAUAAUGUGUAAAUUGGUUGGUGCAAAUAAUGCGGUUGAAGAUUUUAUUGUGUGGAUUUUAAUGUGAUUUGUAGAGAAGACGUAAAAACAAACGAUUGAUAGAAGAUUUGUACGUCUGAUUUGUAAAAUACUUACGUGAAUGUGGGAGGAAAAAGUUCAUAGCAUACCUGUAAGUCCGGCUAGGCAAGAUGACGAUGACAAAUUUGUAUUUGGAAUUGUUGAUGUUAUGCCCCCAUUCUUGGUAGUAUAGACAUUUAUAUAUUUCCAUGUUAGGUUUUACUCUUUUA